AUGGUUGAACAUCGGCCCGUCCACAACAGCGAGGUCUACGUCCUCAGUCAGACGCCUUUUUUGAACCACCUCAACCACCACCACGGCGGCCGUCCCUCUCCACCGUCGCCCAUCACUCCAGCCGAAGACGACUUUUGCUGCUCGCCCAUUGACAAGCUCCCUUUGCACAACUUCGUCGAGCCCGCCAUCGCAGCAUGUGAAGAGCAACUCGCCGUCGAGUCGCGCCUCUCGGGCGCCGUGCACCUCCUCAACACCGCUUCCACCGCGCUCUCCUGCAUCACAGACCUCUACUCCUCCGACCGCGUUGCGCGCGACGGGUUCAACCGCGCCGUCGACGCCAUCGUCCGACGACAGGGUGACCACGGGCGCAACGGCAAACUGGUCGUCAUUGGCGUGGGCAAGUCCGGCCACAUCGCCAAGAAACUGGUCGCGACCUUCAACUCGCUCGCCAUCCAGGCCGUCUUCCUGCACCCGACCGAAGCGCUGCAUGGUGAUCUAGGGCAGAUCAAUAGUCGGAAUGAUACCCUUUUGUUGAUCACCUUCUCAGGCAAGACGCCCGAGCUUUUACUUCUGCUGCCGCACCUGGAUAAGUCGCUACCACUUAUUCUGCUCACAAGCCACACCCGCCCGGAAACAUGCGAAAUUGUUCGUCAGCGACCAGAUACCAUUCUCCUCCCGGCACCGAUCCACGAGCCAGAGACCAAGUCCUUCGGUGUCAGUGCGCCGACGACUUCAACGACUGUUGCGCUAUCAGUAGGCGAUGCCCUGGCGAUGGUGGCUAGCCAUGAACUGCACCCGUCUGUGUCGAAAGUGUUUGCGAAGAAUCACCCCGGUGGCGCUAUCGGCGCUGCGUUAAGGGGGAACUCGGUAUCGCCUGCGCCGUCUGGUAGUUCGUCUGGUGUUGCUACGCCUUCCUCUUCGAGGACUACCUCCUCCCUUUCCGUUAUCCCUCAACAGCCAUCAGUACCACCACGACACGCAUUGCGAGACCUAGCUAUCCCUCUGCACGAAAUUCCUUGCCUCGAAAGUCUUCCCAGACAGCCCGGCCACGAACCAAUACCCACAGCCACAGCAGGCGACCUCCUCCUCGCGGCAUACUCUUCUUCAUCAGGCUGGGUCCGCGUCUCCCACUCUGGUGUCCAAGGUGUUGUGUCUCCAAGGAGAAUCAGACGUUUAUCACCAUCGCAACUCGCUCUGCCUUUGUCCGACCCAAGCUUAAGCUGGUUGGUGACGCCUCAGGCAGAGUUUGUGUCAUUGACGGCUGAUACCGAGGUGAGGAACGCGGCGGAGUGGAUCAAAGCCAUGCGCAUGGCUACGGCCACGGGCGUCAGGAUGGGUCUGCAAAGUGAAGAAGGCGUUGAUUUUGGCGAGGAGUGCGUGGUGGGUGUCAUGGACGUGGUCGGAGGAGGGCAGGGGUGUGUGGGCGUUUUGGAGGUGGAGAGUUUGCUGGAGAGUGUCCCGAAGCCAUAA